UGCUAGUAUUUUUGGUUCAGUAUUUAUUACAUAAAGUAGUACAUGUACUCCAGAAUAUAUAGAAUGGACUGGAGGCUUAGUGUUGUGACUUGGUUUUUGGAUCUAUGAUUACAGAAGAUUUUCAAAAUGCUGCCAUACUGUUCAAAUGGAACAGAUUUGACCGAAGUGUGGAUUGACAGUGGACUCAACCAAUGUCUGAUUGACACUAUAAUUGUCUCAGUUCUGUUCCUAAUAAUUGUAAUCUUCGGCUGUCUGCAAUGUUCCAUGUACCGCAAAUAUGCCACCAGCCUAGAGGAGAAAUACAUCAACACCAACCUGGGCUCAGUUUUACAGAUAUUUCUAACAGUUAUAAGGAUUAUGGAAUCAUUAUCUCACAUUGUAAUGACGGAUAUGAUGAAAAUAAGAGGUGGCGUCGUGGGGUAUGAUAUCUUGAUUUUCUUAUGCCUUCUGGUUGCGUGGUCUGCAAGUUUGAGGAUCUUGGCUCUGGAACGUAAGAAGCUGCUUCCGACUGUCUCCUCUUCGAGGCAUGGCCUGGUACUUCUGGUUUUCUGGACCCUUUCUUUCCUGUGGGAGAACCUGGCCUUUGUUAGCUGGUGGAGUCAUCAGUACUGGUGGUAUUUGAAAGGAGCAGAGGAUUAUGGAGAAUUUGCAUUGUGGCUGAUUCGAUACCUGUCCACUGGAGCUCUGUUUGUUCUGGGGUUUAAAGCACCAGGCCUUCCCAACAAUAGGUACAAGGCACUGAUUGACAGCAGGGAAGAAACGAAAGACAAGAAAGCUAGCACGGGUGGGAAGAAGGCUGAGUCAACAUGGAGCAAUGUGUUUGUGAAACUGAAGAUGAUGAUGCCAUAUGUGUGGCCGAAAGGAAGCUGCUGGCGUCAAUGGAUCGUCGUUGCGUGUCUGGUACUUCUUGCCGCAGGGCGGGGCCUAACAUUGCUGGUGCCUAUCUAUAACAAGAAUAUUGUGAACAGUUUAACAUCUGACCGGUCAGCAGACGACAAUGUUGAUGUUAACAAGAGUCUGGUAGUCCGCUGGGAUUUCAUCUGUGUCUACUGCUUGCUGCUAUUCUUUAAAGGAAGCAGUGGAGGUGGCUCUGGAUUCCUGAGCAACAUGCAGACUUUCCUGUGGAUUCCUGUCCAGCAGUACACAACUAGAAGGAUUCAAGUGAAACUGUUUGGACACCUGCACAACCUUUCUCUGGGCUGGCACCUGAAAAGGAAGACUGGAGAAGUUCUCAGGGUAGUGGACCGUGGAACCAACAGUUUGAAUAACUUGCUCAACUAUGUGGUGUUCCAGAUCAUGCCAACUAUAGUUGACAUAAUAAUUGCAGUGAUCUACUUUGUCACUGUCUUCAACUACAUAUUUGGGCUGGUCGUGUUCGUAGCUAUGGCCGCAUACCUUGCUGUUACCAUAUUCAUCACGGAAUGGAGGACCAAGUACCGACGUGAUAUGAAUACUUUGGACAAUGAAACAAAUGCAAAGGCUGUGGACUCACUCCUGAACUUUGAAACAGUAAAAUAUUAUGGAGCUUCAGAGUUUGAGAUUGACCGAUACAACAAAGCAAUUAUAAACUACCAGAAAGCAGAGUGGAAGUCAACAGCAUCUCUCAACCUCCUCAACUCGGCACAGAACAUCGUGAUAACUUCAGGUGUGCUUGCUGGUUCGCUGCUGUGUGCUUGGGCAGUGGUUCAUAGCCUUAACGGGUUACACCUCACUGUGGGUGAUUACGUGCUGUUUGGAACGUACAUAAUACAGCUGUAUGGACCACUUAACUGGCUUGGCACAUAUUAUAGGAUGAUCCAGCAAGCAUUUGUAGACAUGGAAAACAUGUUUGAAUUACUGGAAACUGGCAUGGAUGUAAAGGAUGAUCCAGAUGCUCGGGAUAUGCAGAUCCAAGGCGGCUGCAUUGAGUUCAAGGACGUGCAGUUCAAAUAUGAGCCUACGAAACCAAUCCUGAAGGGUAUUUCUUUUCGAGUACCAGCGGGCCAGACGUUUGCCUUGGUCGGUCAUUCAGGAAGUGGAAAAAGCACCAUUAUUCGGCUGUUGUUCCGAUUCUAUGACAUUGAAUCUGGGGCAAUCCUCAUCGAUGGUCAGGACAUAUCAAAGGUUAAACAGGAGUCCCUGAGGAGAUGUAUAGGCGUGGUACCACAAGACACAGUGCUGUUCAACAAUGACAUCAUGUACAACAUUCGCUAUGGGCGUGUAACAGCGGGCGACAGUGAGGUCAAGGAUGCUGCUGCGGCCGCCGAUAUCCAUAGCAGAAUUCUGACUUUCCCAAACCAAUAUGAGACAGUUGUUGGUGAGAGGGGUCUGAAACUGAGUGGGGGUGAGAAACAGCGUGUGGCCAUCGCUAGGACCUUACUCAAGUCUCCAGCCAUUGUGCUCUUAGAUGAGGCUACUUCGGCUUUAGACACCAAAACAGAGCGUAACAUCCAGUCGUCUCUAGCACGGGUCUGUGAGAACAGGACCACAAUCAUAGUAGCCCACCGUCUGUCCACCAUUAUACACGCGGACAUGAUACUUGUCUUAGAAGAGGGGGAGGUUGUCGAACAGGGAACGCACGAGGAGCUGCUAUCAAAAGAAGGCCACUACUAUGGGAUGUGGCAGCAACAAUUGAGCAAACUGGAGGAGGAAAAACCGGAUCCGGAAGUAGUGCAAGUGGCAGUUGUGGAACAUCAUGCAGUGAACUGAAACUUGGAUCCCAUCAUAUCAAAGUUUUUACUUCAAGUUCUAGUUACAGCUGAAUUGUGUGGUUUAUGAAAAUAUUUUAGUCCUGCUCUGGGAAAACAGGACUUAAAUUAUGUGCAUUAAGUGUCAUUAGCAGUCGGAACAGGCUAACCAACACUUUCUUCUUUUAUGGUAAGUUUGGUUAAAGAAAGACUCUUCUGUUGAAAAUCAAGUUCAGGCGGAAAGUGACGUCCCUGAGUAUCCUGUGCAGACUUCACUUGCUUAUCUGGGACGACACUGAGUCCCUGAGUAUCCUGUGCAGACUUCACUUGCUUAUCUGGGAGGACACUGAGUCCCUGAGUAUCCUGUGCAGACUUCACUUGCUUAUCUGGGACGACACUGAGUCCCUGAGUAUCCUGUGCAGACUUCACUUCCUUAUCUGGGAGGACACUGAGUGCCUGAGUAUCCUGUGCAGACUUCACUUGCUUAUCUGGGAGGACACUGAGUCCCUGAGUAUCCUGUGCAGACUUCACUUGCUUAUUUGGGAGGACACUGAGUCCCUGAGUAUCCUGUGCAGACUUCACUUGCUUAUCUGGGAGGACACUGAGUGCCUGAGUAUCCUGUGCAGACUUCACUUGCUUAUCUGGGAGGACACUGAGUCCCUGAGUAUCCUGUGCAGACUUCACUUGCUUAUCUGGGAGGACACUGAGUGCCUGAGUAUCCUGUGCAGACUUCACUUGCUUAUCUGGGAGGACACUGAGUCCCUGAGUAUCCUGUGCAGACUUCACUUGCUUAUCUGGGACGACACUGAGUCCCUGAGUAUCCUGUGCAGACUUCACUUGCUUAUCUGGGAGGACACUGAGUGCCUGAGUAUCCUGUGCAGACUUCACUUGCUUAUCUGGGAGGACACUUAGUGCCUGAGUAU